AUGUCACGCCACCACCACCGCUUUGAGCGGGACUACCGAGGACCCUGGGAGCGGAGAGACAUCCGUCCCUCGGGCCUCCACAAUGGAGGAGCCAAUCAUAGCUGUGCCUCCGCCGUCGUCAAUGGCAACAACCGUCCGGGACUCCUCCCCCUCCCGGUGAUUCCUUCUCUCCUCCCCAUCCCGGCUACAGUUGCCGUGACAACAUCCAGCGGCGACAUAGCGGUCAAGCGGUGCAUCGCGGCAGCCGGAUCCUCCGUAUCUACGCCUGUCUCUGGUCUGUCACCCGGAGACAACCAGACCCCAGGACUGCUGCUGGCUCCGGGGGUGAGGUGGGGACAGACGCCCAUCAACCAGCACACACCGUGGGACACCGAUGAGCCCCCUGCCAAGCAACAUCGAGACAGCGAGCCCAACGGUCCCGGGUCCUGGGCUGCACCGGUAGCCGCGGUGAGCCAGCCCAGCCUCCUGCCCCACACCUACGCCCUCGCUCAUCCGCCUUCCUUCAACCACAGUGUGACCGCGCAGUCGCCGAUCAUAGGAGUAACCGCAUCCAUGCAGACGCCAGUGCCCCCGCAACACCCGCUCAUGACCGCCCACUUCCAGCUGACGCCGCACUCGACACAGCAGCCGCCCUCGAUGGUCCUGAGCAUGCCUCCGUACCACUCGGCUCUGCCCACCAUUGCACCAUCCAUCCUCGCUGCCCAGGCCAACCACGUGGUUCACCCGUUCCCUCACAGCGUAAUGGGCAACGGCCACCUAACCUCUCACCUCAUCCAGCCCCCCGCCCUGCCUCUGACCAAUGGACAGGCAGCAGCGGCGCUGGCCCAAAACACCGCUGCAGACAAUCAGGACGCUCCUAACGGGCUGCAAAUGCUGCGGACGGUCGGGAGGGGGAAGUACGAGUUCAGCGACCCGGGACAUCCCAAAGAGAUGUUGAGGGAGCUGAACCAACAGCGCAGAGCGAAAGAGUUUACAGACCUGAAAAUAAUUGUUGAAGGCAAAGAGUUUGAAGUCCACCAAAAUGUUCUAGCUUCCUGCAGCUUGUAUUUCAAGGACCUGGUGAAAAGGUCUUCGGGGGAGACGAGGAGCGGGGAGACGCUGGAGCUGAACAUGAGCAACAUCAGCGCCGACGUGCUGGAGCUGCUGCUCGAGUUCGUCUACACCGGGUCCCUGGUCAUCGACUCGGCCAACGCCAAGACGCUGCUGGAGGCCGCCAACAAGUUCCAGUUCAACACCUUCUGUAAAGUCUGCGUGUCCUUCCUAGAGAAACAGCUGACUGCAGCAAACUGUCUCGGAGUGCUGGCCAUGGCCGAAGCCAUGAGUUGCACGGAGCUCCACAACAUGGCCAAAGCUUUUGCACUGCAGAACUUCCCUGAGGUUGCAGGACAGGAGGAGAUUCUCAGUGUUUCCAAGGAGGACCUGGUGGCCUAUCUGUCCAAUGAUAGUCUAAACACAAAGGCUGAGGAGCUGGUUUAUGAGACGAUCGUCCGAUGGAUCAAACAAGACCCCAACUCCAGAUCGCAGCAUUUAUCAGAGCUGCUGGCGGUGGUGCGUCUUCCCUUCAUCCACCCGUCCUACCUGCUGAACGUGGUGGACAACGAGGAGCUGAUCAAGUCGACGGAGGCGUGUCGCGAUCUGGUCAACGAGGCCAAGCGCUACCACAUGCUGCCCCACGCGCGGCAAGAGAUGCAGACGCCCAGGACCCGGCCCAGACUCUCUGCUGGUGUAGCCGAGGUGAUUGUUUUGGUCGGAGGGCGUCAGGCGAUCGGGAUGAACCAGCGCUCGCUGACAGCAGUUACCUGUUUUAACCCCCAGAACAGUAAGUGGUACCCGCUGGCCAGCCUGCCUUUCUACGACCGCGAGUUCUUCAGUGUCAUCUCAGCGGGGGACAACAUCUACCUGUCAGGUGGUACGGAGUCGGGUGUGAUGGUGGCUGACGUGUGGUGCUACAUGUCCCUGUUGGACAACUGGAACCUGGUGUCCCGCAUGACCGUGGCUCGCUGCAAACACAACAGCCUGGUGUACGAUGGCAAGCUCUACACCAUCGGAGGACUGGGCGUAUCAGGGAACCUGGACCACGUGGAGAGAUACGACACCAUCACCAACCAAUGGGAAACUGUGUCUCCGCUCCCGAAGCCGGUCCACUCUGCGGCGGCCACCGUGUGCGGAGGGAAGGUGUACGUGUUUGGCGGCGUGAACGAGGCCGGACGCUCGGCCGGUGUCCUCCAGUCCUACGUGCCGCAGAGCAACACCUGGAGUUUCAUCGAAUCGCCCAUGAUCGAUAACAAAUACGCCCCUGCAGUGAGCUUAAAUGGCUUUAUAUUCAUCCUGGGAGGAGCCUAUGCUCGAGCUACCACUAUCUAUGACCCAGACAAAGGCAACAUCAAGGCUGGUCCCAACAUGAAUCACUCUCGGCAGUUCUGCAGCGCCGUGAUCCUGGAUGGGAAGAUCUACGCCACAGGAGGCAUCGUGAGCAGCGAGGGGCCGGCCCUCGGCAACAUGGAAACCUUCGACUCGUGCACCAACUCCUGGUCGCUCCUGCAGUCGCUGCCCUGCCCGCUCUUCAGACACGGCUGCGUGGUCAUCAAGAAGUACAUCCAGAGCGGCUGA